AAAACAAAACAAUUUUAAUAUUAUAAUAUAAGAUGAAUAUGAACAGUACUGAACAAUUUAAAAAUAAUUCUGAUUUAACAAGUGCUAUUGAGGAAAGUGCAACAAAUUCACUUACAACAGCUCCAACAACAAGUAUUUCAAUAAUAUCAACAACAACAACAACUACAGCAGCAACAACAGCAGCAACAACAGCAGCAACAACAACAACAACAAUAUCAACGACAUCAACAAUAUUGACAACAAAUAUUUCGGAUAUUGAUAAUCAGAAUGUGUAUAGUUUUGUUGAUAAAACAAUAAAUAUAUCUAAACAUAAUGAUUCAGAAAUUGAGCUGAAAACUAAAGAAACCAAUGUUAGUACAGAAACUGAUGAACCACUUGGCGGCGGUGCAACGUUGGUAACUUUUUCAGUAGCUACUGAUAAAAUGUUACCAACUCUAGGAAAUGUUGCUGAUAUAGAAACUGAACGAUCACCAAAACUAACAACAUCAAUAAUAACACCAACACCAACAGCAACACCAACACCAACACCAACACCAAUACCAAUUCCAACGACAAUAAUAACAACAUCAGUAACAGAUACUAGUACCGUUUCAAAUAAUAUUAAUAAUGUAAAUUCAGAUAAUGUUAAUAUUAUUGAUAAUAAUCCCACCAGUAAAACUAUAAUAGUUGUUGAAGAAGAAAAAAUUAAAAAUUCUGAAAAACCAAUAGACACAUUAACAAAUCCAGCGGAAACAGUUUCCAAAAGUCCCCAUUUAGCCCAUACUUCUAGCGAGCCAACAUUUGGUGUAAUAUUAAGACGCAGUCAACAGCAACAACAACAACAGGCCGAACUAACACAACAAUUUAAUACAACAAAUAAUAAUUAUGAUGUAUCCAGUUCUAUUUCGCCUACAGCAGGAACUGCGAGUGCUUUCGCAGUUGGAUCUUUAAGUAAUAUAGCAAAUAUCUUAAAAUCUGGAAUCCUAAGUGCCUCUUCAUCACCUAAUAUGCCUCGCCGAGUUUCAUUCCCAAAAAGUGAUAAUGAAUUGGUAACCGGUUAUUUGGAGCCGGCGAAACCUUGGGAACAUACGUGCAUGGUAAAGAGCAUCUCCGAGAUAACUGAAUUGUAUGUACUAUCUUGUUAUAAACACAACACCAAACCACUUCCUGUAAUAUUGGAACAUUUGAAAGGUGUGGAGACCAAUAAGCAACUAAGGCAAGGCCAGCUAUCUUUAAAGUCAAUUCAAUUAUCACCAAGCGAUUGCGAAGCGCUGGAAGAAGUCUUCAAAAGGGUACAGUAUAAAUCUAUAAAUUUUUCAUCAUGUGACUUAAGUGAAAGUGCUUUGAGUGCGUUGUUUGAUAUGAUUGAGUAUUAUGAGGCUACAAAUGAAUUGGAUAUAUCUUUAAAUGCAAAAGGCAUGACACAUCGCGGUUGGGUGUCCUGUACAUAUAUGGUGAGUCGUAGUCAGGAAUUACAAUCGCUUAAUGCACAAGGAAACCCCAUUUCAAAAUCGAGUGCCGAAAAUUUAGGACAUGCAUUGAAAACUUCUAAUCUUCAUACUCUGAAACUAGAACAUUGUGGACUUAAGGGUGCACCGUUAACUGGGCUUUGUUUUAAAUUGCGCUGCAAUCGGAUUCUCAAAGAGCUGUGGAUUGCUUAUAAUGACCUGGACUCUAAAGAUGCAGAGACAAUAGCAGAUUUACUGAAAUUAAACCAUUAUUUAGAAUUUGUAGAUAUCAGUAAUAAUAAUAUAAGAGAUGAAGGAAUUCAAUGUGUGGUGAAUGCGUUGAUUCUUCAGUCAAGUGAAUUAGAGCGACGUUCAGUGUUACAUCGUACUGCUGCAAUAGAUGAUGAUGAGAGCUUAUCACCUAUAAAUAUUUCGCCAGCGAUAGAAACAGCAGACUUAAGUAUCAAUUCUUUAGGUAAAACAAGAAGUGUUGAUGACUUACUUCCUGCAACCAAAGCUAAUACAAUCAAUAACGAUCGUACAAAUACUAAUAAUGAAGACUUAGAUGAUAAUGCUUUUGAACCAAUAACAAUUAAUACCAAUGAAAUACAGUGCAAUGCUCCAAAAGUGGAAAAUCAAACCGUUAAAAAGUUGGCAAAAACGAUAGAGACACAAGAAUCAGAUCUGACGACUUUAACAGCUGCUUCGACAGGAAUAGCAAACACUUUAAGUGUGACUCCAACAGGCAUAGAAGAGAACGAUCUAGAUGAAGACACUGAAGAUACAGUUAAAUCCAGCACAAUUAAAAAUUCUGUACAAGCUGUAGGACAGUCAAUGUUAGAUAAAUUACUGUCAAUGAACAGUGAUAGCAGUAGUGAAGAAGGUGCUUCAAAUUUAUCUACCGACACAGUAGCGCCAUGCUAUUCAGAGGAUGCGAGUAUUAUAAGUGAUGAUAUAUUUGAUGGCGCCUUAACUGCUACUACCAAUACUAGCACAAAUUCAAAAGCAGAAUGCAUAGUGGCCUCCACUCCCACAUGUGUUUCUGCUAUAGAUGUAAUAAUUAGCACAUCUGUUGAUAAGCAUGUUACACAAGACCAACUGCAGAUGGAAAAAGAAAAUGUGAUAAGUGAAUAUAAAAACUUUGAAGAGGCUAUAAAUUCUGAAAGCAAUAGUAAUUCUAAUAAUAGUAAUAGCGUAACAUCAACUACUAUAACGUCAUUAGGCAAUCAUAACAAUAAUAACAAUAAUGUCAAUAACAACAAUGAUGUUAGUGAUAAUAAUAGCAGUGAUAACUAUUCGAUACAUCAUAAUGAUAACUCGCAUCUUAAUUUAAAUCCGUUGAGGCACGCCACUAGUGAUGAUAGUACAUUACAAAGUUCAGGAAUAUUUGAAGUAACUGCAGAUGAAAGUGAUUGUCUAAUUUCCAAUGCAGUAAGUGACCGUGAAAGUGAUAGUUCCCAUUCCCUCCUACUGCACCAUUCAGCCAAAGUACUUGAUGUAAAUAAAAACACAAAGUUAUCAGAAGAUUAUGAUGACACGCACAGCACAGAUUCAGCAUUUGAAAGUGCCUCCGAAUGUGAUAUUAGUCGAAACUUACCUGAAGAAUUUAGUAGGCUUUCAGUUUCACUGGAAAGUACAAGGCUAGAUGAUAUAGUUAAAGAACUUGCCAUUGAAACUGCAACUAUUGCCACUGAAUCUACUGAGUGUUUAAUUGAAGCAGCAGCAGCAGCAGCAGCAGCAGUUCCGUCUAGUUCAGCUCUAACUCCACCCACCCCACCGCUAACACAAUUAUACUCACAUGUAAAAACACCAGAAAAAGAAAAAAGUGCUGAAGUUUCCGAUGAUUGUUUUUAUACAAAUUUUAUUCAAACUCCAACUACUAAACAGGCAAUCCCACAGAUAGAAACAUUAAAUACUGAAAAUAAUGAUAGGGUUAAUACAACCGUAACAGUAGAUGAUUUCGGUAAAGCCGAAAGCUGUUUUCAUGUAGAUAAUCUUGAAACUGCUACAUUAAUACAACCGAAAGUAACUAUUGCUGAAGACAGCAUAAUUAUUAAACACAAGGAGUGUGCUAAUAGCCCUAGACCAACGCCGCCACCACCUUCUACCUCACCAGGUGGCGUAAGUUUAGGCAUGCGCCGCACAGAAUCAUCUUCUGCUUUUAUAACACAGUCAACUCGCAAUCGAUCUCAAAGCAGUGAUAGUCUCUGCAGUGAUAAUUCUUUAGAUAGUAGUAUCAGUAGUGACCUUAAUUUUUCUACAUCAAUACAUAUAAAUGAGAAACUAACCAAAAACGAUACCCUUACACGGCAACAACGUCAAACAGAUACUACGAUCGACGUUUCAAAUAGAGCACCUAAUGGCCUUAAAGCCCUCGCCGUUUGGAAUAAUAAUCUUACAAAAGAGUCUGGACGUUAUAUAUCCGAAUUGAUGUCUAAAACUGAAUCAUUAGAAUUGUUAAACAUUGGUAAAAAUUGUUUAUCAAAUGAAUUCGUAACACUCAUUAAGGAUAGUUUAACCAAAAAUACAACAAUAACGACACUGGGACUACAAAGUGCUCAUUUAAGUGCUAAAGGUAUUGAAACAUUGGCCUCAAUACUUACCUUUGGCGGCAAUAAUACGCUGCAACGCAUAGACAUUCGUGAUAAUAAACUCGAAGCUGAAAGUUUGGAGACCCUGGCUGAAGUACUUAAGUCAAAUACAACAGUUACACAGAUUGAUAUUGAUGAUGAGCCGAAACGCUUAUCGAUUGGUAGCGACGAACAUUUAGAUUAUGUGCGUGUUCUAGAAAAUGUACGAUCUAUGUGCUCACGAAACGAAAAAACUCAAACACAACUGCAAGCAGAAAAAGCGGCACACAUAAACGGAAUUGGACUCAACAAGCGCCGAGGAGGCUAUUAUUUGGGAUCACGAAAAAUAUCGUUAACAUGCCACAGUCGUCCUUUGAUUGACUCCACUAAUUCAGUUAGUAAUUCUAGUUCAGUUCCUCAUAACAAGUUGGAUAUAAAAAGAAAAGCGGGUACCCGUUUGCGUUCACCAGUGCCUAGCCCACCAACGAUAUCGCCUUCAUCGUCACCAAAUCGCAGUCGGUUUCAGGUUUUUCGCGUGACGGAGGUUAGUCCAUUAACUUCUCCAAUGGCAUUGACGCCACCUCCAUCACAUACACCAUCACCGCCUGCAACACAAGUGGGAAUGUUACAACCAUCAAACUUAACAUCUACCCCAAGCAGUAGUGUUACUAUACCGACUCUAUCCACUUUAAAUUAUUAUCAGCAAAACAAAGUUUUAACUCCUUUAUCAUUGCCAACGUCGAACUCUUUGCCAUCAAUAUCAACUAUUACUUCAUCUACACAAUCGAUUAAACGUUUGUCAAUAUCGCCACGAUCUAGGUUUCAUGUUUCUAAAAUAUAUGAAGAUCCACGGGUGCCUGUAAUAAAUCGCGCGCUGCCUCCAAUAACACCUCCUAUUGUCCUUCCACCCACUCCAAUAAACAAAACGACAAGUAAUUCAUUUGGUAACGAUGUAACAACAGCAAAUGCAGAAAUACAAAAACCAGAAUCUGAUGGUGCAGUAACUCAAACAACGAGCUCAAUCAAAGUCACUGAUGAUACCAAUGUAACAGAUUCCUUUAAAGCACCAAACGCAAUUAAUAACAAUACAGCGAACAACAAAAAAGAGGCAAAUAAUUUAAAUGAUACACAUAAUACAAACAAUACAAAUAGAACUGUAAUUGAAAAAAGUGACUCUAGUCUAUUGCCAUUAGAUGCUUGCUCAUCUUUGUUGUCAUCUCCGGCAUCAAAUUCAUCAUCGUCAUUGACAUCGCCGGCAUCUCUGAGUUCAAAUAAUUCUAAUUCAUCAACCUCAAGUUGUACUACAGCAUUGGCUAGUAGCAGUGUAACUGACAACACGGAUGAAUAUAACGAUUUGUUGGAAACAGAUAAAACGCAGUCAAUUGCAAACAUUGCCACAUUGAGCCGUUGUCCAAUAGCUGUUUUUAAUGAGAAUGAUAUUACACUGACAAAAAAUACAGUCUAUAAAGUUUUUUCCAGCGGUGUUGAUGCGAUUCCAACAGAUAAAGAAAUUCAACGAAGAGAUUCCAAUUCAACAGUACAAGACAGCACGUUCAGCACAAUUGGUGAUAUUAGUAACUCGCAACCAGCAACACAACAAUGUGCGAGAAAGUUAUCUUGUAGAGUGACUCCUACUGCUGUUGAUAAACUGCGUAAUUUGUUUCAAAAUCCAGUGACCAUGUUGCAAAGGAGCUUAUCACCAGAAUCCAAAAUGGUUGUAACAACCAAACCGACUGAUGUAAUAAGCAAAGAUGAAAACAAAGUGCAAUUAAAUCAGCAACAAGGUAAUUCACUUGUACUAACGUGUCAUAAGCUGUCAUCUGCGCCAGUCUGGUCCAAAUUAGGUGCUGAUAUUUUAAAUGUUAAAGGAGCUGAAUCUGCUAACACUGCUGUGUCAUCUGCUACUGCUGCAACGCUUGAGCAAUCAAUGUCAUUUUUAGAUGCUGCUUCAAAGCAACUACGGGAUUUCAGUAAACAAGUAUUUCGUCAAAAUAAUCCCUGCGUCAAUGACAGCAUAUCGGUUUCACCAUCAAAUCAGGAAAAUAAAAUCAGUAGUAGCGGUGCAUGCAGUGCGGAUAACGUUAAUAAAAAUAUCAUUUCACAGCCCACUGAAUCACGUGAUGCAACAUACUUAUCCACUGAUAUAAAGGUACCAGUUAAGGAAUACGUAUCUCCAGAACAUAGUUCACAUGAAGAUACAAUACAAAAUAUUCAAAAUUGGUAUGAAAACACUGUUGACACAUCGGAUACUCAUGCUGCUGCAAACAUUUCUCCUUCAAUUAUUGCUGAUGUCAGUAGCAAUAUUGAAUUGGAUUUUCCAUUCGAUAGUCCCAAAUUGGAAACAAAACAUGAAACCAGUGAUUCUGUAAAAGUAACCACCGAAACUGAUAGCACCAAUGUCCAAAAUCACACGAACGAUACAAAUAUUAAUACUAGUAAAGAGGCCUAUGACGACGUUGCAGAAGUUGGCAUUGCAGAGCAAUCAACGCACAACACAAUAUAAAUAAAAAUGUGUGCCAGUUAAGCAUAAACUAUUCAAUUUGUAAAAAAGUACUUUUAAUUAAUUUUAAAGUUUUACUUAAUUUAAUGUAAAAGAUUUGAACAUACAAGUAUAUUACGACUAAUUUAAUUAAAAAUUUU